GAUUGUGUUUCAGGAGCUGGUGAGCCCAUUGGUGUGUUAGAAAAUCAACUUCCAUAAAGAGAAGAUGGAGUUUCCUCUUCCUUUGGGGAAUGCAAUAUAAACCAAGUAAUUACACCAAAACUGAGCAGCUUCCUUAAACUGUCGCUCUGUCCGCUUUGAGUCUUCGAAUUAAAGGCUGUGAAGCUCAACAAACACCGCCAAGAUGUCAGAGAGAAAGAUCUCCUCGAGUCGUAAGCAUCAGCUGAAGAGUUUGAUGCUCUCCAUCGCCAAAGGUAUCCUGGAGGAUGAAGAGAGGGAGCAAGAGCAGGAGAGGAGGAGGUACAUGGACGAGAACUGUCCUGCCAUUUCUAUGCCCAGGAACAUGCAGGAGCUGCAGGAGCUGGCGAGGGAGAUCCACCACAAGAUCGACGUGAUCGACGAGGAGCGGUACAACCUGGAGAUGAAAGUCUCUAAAACCAACAAAGAGAUUGAUGACCUGAGGAUCAAAGUCCAGGACCUGAUGGGCAAGUUCAAGAAGCCCGUCUUGAGGAAAGUACGUAUGUCAGCUGACGCCAUGCUGAAGGCUCUGCUGGGCUCCAAACACACGGUCAACCUGGACCUGAGGGCCAACCUGAAGCAGGUCAAGAAGGAGGUCAAAGAGGAGGAUAAGGAGCUGCGUGACGUCGGGGACUGGCGUAAAAACAUUGAAGACAAAUCGGGAAUGGACGGCAGGAAGAAGAUGUUUGAGGCCGAGGCUUAAAUCAGUCUGAUUCAACAUGUUGCAGUGACUCAGUCCCUGUUCUCACUGACCGCUUCAAUCAGGAAACAUUUUGAAUUAUGGUGUAAAGUGUAGAAUCCUCCAACCAAUAAACAGCUGCUCAGAGAG